UUUGAGUCGAACCUAGCUAUAAAUAUGGGUUCAAGAAUUUUUCGGACAGAUAUGAUGCUUGAUGAUCUUUAUCUGUCAGCAAAGUGUGCAGAUUUUACUCUUCGACUGUCUUUUAGGGCAUCCACAGUGGAAGCUCGGAGCUCCCACUGCAGAUGUGGCAGUAGGAAGAAGCUCUACUGAAAGGAUAAUUUUUGGUUUUUGUUGUUUGGCACCUUCAUCUUUUUGCGUCAUUUCGGCCAAAGUUUGUGCCUAGGUUUUCCGUUUCUAGUUGAUGUUCGCUUAAUUUCCUUUCUGAGGGAGAGGAAGUCACCAAACCACCGCAUCACCAUGAUGCUGGUUCUGUUUCUCCUUUUUUUUACCCUUUUCUCAGUCAUCGAAAAUGCCGCUGUCACUUCACGGCCGGCGGUUGUGAACGUCGGUGCUAUGUUCACCUUCGAUUCCACCAUCGGAAGAGUUGCCAAGGUCGCCAUUCAUGCCGCGAAGGACGACAUCAACGCAGACCAAAGCGUUCUUCGUGGAUCCAGGAUAGAAAUUUUAAUGAGCGAUACCAAUUGCAGUGGAUUUUCGGGCAUGGUGGAAGCUUUGCAGUUCAUGGAAACUGAUAUUGUUGCAAUCGUCGGGCCACAAUGUUCCACAAUUGCCCAUGUGAUUUCUCAUGUCGCAAAUGAGCUCCAUGUCCCUUUGCUCUCAUUUGCGGCCACUGAUCCAACUCUGACUUCACUGGAAUAUCCCUUCUUCGUCCGGACCACCAACAGUGACAUGUUUCAAAUGGAAGCCAUUGCCAAAAUAGUAGACUAUUAUCAGUGGAACCAGGUGAUUGCAAUCUAUUUUGAUGAUGAUAAUGGUAGAAAUGGCAUAGCUGCCUUAGGUGAUGCUUUAGUAUAUAGGCGCCGCAAGAUAUCUUACAAAGCCCGACUUCCCUCCGGAGCCACAAGGAAUGAUGUACUAAAUUUACUUGUCAAGGUUGCAUUGAUGGAGUCUAGGGUUAUCAUUCUACAUGUGAAUCCACAAGUUGGAAUUAUGAUCUUUUCUGUGGCACAUUAUCUUGGGAUGAUGUCUGAUGGGUAUGUUUGGAUUGCAACAGAUUGGCUUUCUUCAUUUCUAGAUUCUAAAGCACCCCUUGAUUCCAAUACUAUGAACGUGAUGCAAGGGCUUCUUACACUGAGACAACAUACAGCUGAUUCAAAGGUGAAGAGUGCCUUUGUCUCAAGGUGGAACAACUUGACACGAAAAUAUAGCAAUGAAGAUUUUCGACUUAAUGUGUAUGGGUUAUAUGCUUAUGAUACUGUAUGGAUGCUUGCUAAAGCACUAGAUGCCUUCUUUGAUGAUGGUGGAACUAUUUCGUUUUCUAAUGACUCAAAGUUGCAUGAUGCCCAGGGAGGAAUCCUUCAUCUUGAGGCAAUGAGUAUCUUUGUUGGAGGAGAGCUCCUGUUGGAUGACGUUCAUAAGACGGAUUUUGUAGGUGUAACUGGAGAGCUUCGUUUUAACUCUGAUGGGGAUCUAAUUCAUCCUGCAUACGAUAUCAUCAAUGUAGUUGGAAAUGGGUUCAGAACUAUUGGCUAUUGGUCCAAUUAUUCUGGGUUAUCAGUGGAGACUCCCGAAACAUUUUAUUUGAAACCACUUAAUUUAUCCCCAGCAAAUGAUCAUCUUUACAGCGUAAUAUGGCCAGGUGAAACAACCACAAAGCCCCGAGGAUGGGUCUUCCCGAAUAAUGGGAAAGAGCUUAGAAUUGGCGUUCCUAACAGAGUCAGUUUUCGAGAAUUCAUCUCAAAAUCACCAAGUACAGGCACUGUUAAGGGUUACUGUGUUGAUGUGUUCACAGCUGCUGUUAGCUUACUUCCAUAUGCACUUCCUUAUAAACUGAUUCCAUUUGGUAAUGCUCAGGCUAAUCCUAGUUAUGCUGAACUUGUAAACAAGAUUGCGAUAGGUGUAAGUCCUGAUUUUGAUGCUGCAAUAGGUGAUAUUGCCAUUGUCACUAAUCGGACAAAGCUUGUUGAUUAUACACAGCCAUACAUUGAGUCUGGCCUUGUUAUACUUGCCCCUGUUAUGAAACAUAAAUCAAAUGCUUGGGCAUUCCUGCAGCCAUUCUCACUAGAGAUGUGGUGUAUCACAGGGGUUUUAUUUCUUGUAAUAGGGGCAGUCGUAUGGAUCCUUGAGCACAGAAUUAAUGAUGAAUUUCGUGGUCCACCUCGACAACAAAUUGCCACAGUCGUAUGGUUCAGCUUUUCAACUUUGUUUUUUGCUCACCGAGAGGGCACAGCGAGCACUUUAGGACGUGUUGUUCUGAUAAUAUGGAUGUUUGUAGUUUUGAUCAUCCAGUCUAGCUACACAGCAAGCUUGACAUCAAUUCUUACUGUGCAACAACUCUCAUCUCCUAUUAAAGGAAUUGACAGCUUGAUUGCUAGUGAUGAACCUAUUGGGUUUCAAGUAGGUUCAUUUGCUGAAAAUUAUAUGGUCGAGGAGCUCAACAUUCCUAGAUCCAGACUUAAACCCCUCGGAUCACCGGAAGAAUAUGCUAGUGCUCUUGAGCUUGGCCCUAAGAAUGGGGGUGUUGCUGCUGUUGUAGAUGAACGUGCUUAUGUUGACCUCUUCCUUGCAACAAAUUGCAAAUUUUCAAUUGUUGGUUCAGAAUUUACAAAAAGUGGCUGGGGUUUUGUCUUCCCAAGGGACUCUCCUCUAUCUGUUGACUUGUCGACUGCUAUACUUACUUUGUCUGAGAAUGGGGAGCUUCAAAGGAUACAUGAAAAAUGGUUCACUAGAGCUGGUUGCAUUUCAGAUACUGAUGAGAUUGAGUCUGAAAGGCUUCACCUCACCAGUUUUUGGGGAUUGUUUCUCAUAUUUGGAAUCGCAUGUACUCUUGCUCUCUUCAUAUACUUUAUCAUCACGCUUCGCCAAUAUUUUCAGCUGGGUUCCUUAGAAGAAACAGACACAUCAGACCACCAAAUGUUACGGUCAGGGCGCAGCCUCCAAAAGUUUCUCUCAUUUGCCGAUGACAAGGAAGAAGAUGUUAAAAACAGAUCAAGGAGAGGACAGAAGCAGAAGGAAACCAGCAAUGCUACUGUUGAUUUUGAAAGUUGAGACAUGAUAAAUUCUAGCCAGUCUAUUUGCAUCUAAAUGUUCUUACUCUAUUACCAGAGAAGAGUGGAUUAUACAUGCAGCUUUUGUCAUUUAAAUUUUCUAAUUCCACUUGUCCUACAACCAUCAAAGAUUGCUUUCCAGCACAAAGUGGCAAUCGGUAUCUAUUAGCUUUUGUAUCUCAAGACUCUUAAAAGUGCUGCAGAUGACAACAUGCCAACACUCAAUAAGUAGAGAUGAUUUAAUUUUGAACUGCAGUUGUGUAUGGAUGAGAAUGUGUUGCCAUUGUGUUAAUGUCUGUGUCGAUGUUACUCUUUCUGUAGUUGUGAAUAUUAUUCCACCUAAAUAUGAUAUGAGCAUGUUCGAGUAA